AUGACUCCUGUCGCUCUGGCGUUACUGGCAGCGUGUCCGGUCAUCGCGCAGGACGUCGCGCCCAAGGCCGCUAGCCUGUUAGUCCGCGACGACGACUACCUCAACUCGGUGUGCUCACCCAGCAAGUUUGACGAGUCGGCCGGCGUGCCGCCUUGCAUCGACAUCAUCAGCAUCGAGGCUGCCUGCGCGCCCAACGGCACCUCGUCGCUGGCCCUCGAGGCCCACGCGCAAUGCAUGUGCGGCGGCUCAUACUUCUCCGAGUGGCUCGGCUGCCGGCAGUGCCUCUACGUGCACGCUGGGCUGACGGAGCGCAACCUGACCUACUGGAAGGACGUCAUAACGACCGCGAGCAACCUGCUCUGCACCGGUACGCCCACGGCCGCCUUCCAGCCCCUGUUCAACAGCGCCCAGGCUGCGGCGACGGUGCCGACGACGGGUGGCACCGCGCUGAGCGACAUCAAGUCUGGCGACUCGGCCGUGACCCUGUACUACACCGCCAGCGGCAACGCCGGGCCCGGCAAGAUCACCGGCAGUGCCACGGCUGCGACUGCCACCGGGUCUACGCAGACCACUGCUGCCCCCAAGUCGUCGUCCAAGAACGCCGAUUCUGGUUCCGCGUCCACCACUACCCGCGCAUCCACGACAACAGGUUCGAGUUCUUCAAAUUUCGCGGCGCCGACGGGAGCAACUGCUAAGAACAUGUUUCUGGCGGUGGCUGGAGGAGCAUUGAUGGCUGCAUUGUAA